CAGAAGUAGUGCCACGUCAGUUCUGAGUAGAGCUGCAGGAGUUGCAGUCCUAAGUAUCAGUCGUGUUCCCGAGGAGCCAUCAAUUUGUGCAAUUAAUUUCAGGUCACCAUGUCGAGCACUUCACAGAAACACAGGAACUUUGUUGCUGAACCUAUGGGAAACAAACCUGUAACUGAGUUAGCAGGAGUCGGUGAAGCAAUAGGCGGCAGAUUUCAGAGAAUGGGCUACGACAAGGCAAAUUCUGUAUUGGGGCAGUACUUGGUUCUUGGGAGGAAUAAGGAGAAUUUUGUUGGUUGGAUGAAGACAACAGCUGGUGCAAAUGAGAAACAGGCUAAUGAUUGUUACCGUUGUCUUUCAGACUGGAGUGAUCAGUUUUUGUGAGCUGCUGGAACGGAACUAAAAAUUAGAGCUUUCAAGCUAUGUAUGUGUUUUACAAAUUAAAUAGCUUUACUAUAUUUUCUGUAUCUUGGUUCGGUGCUCUUGCAGCUGAUUGUAAUAUGUGUUAACGUCAGAAUAUUAUUGCCUAUUGGAGUUAUUGAUUUUUGUUAGUCAGUUUUUUUUUAUAUAAAGUGCGGGCAUUUUUUGUUCAGUUUGAAACUAUUAUCACUACUCUGGGAUUAGAAUAAUAGAUUUUUGUAGAUUGGUGUUUGGAAAUUUUAUUUGUUGGAGAUGUGUUCUAAAAAAGACCAGAAUGUUAUUAUAAUGUUUUUAUUGCUCAUCGUAUUUAAUUUUAAGCACUGUUCUGCAUAAAGUAGUACUCUCCACCCUUCCCAAUAUUUCUUCCAUUUUUGGAAAGCCAUGUGGAAUGCACUUUCUGAGAUGGUGCACAGUUCUCAUCACAUUGUUCUGAUCUCUGUGGUUUGGAAACAACAGCCUUUCAAGCUGGUUUUAAAUUUGGGAAGCUAGGCCUGUAGAAGGGUGGCUUCAACACAGUGUGAGUCUUCACAUUUUGCCAGAUGGCUGCAGACAUGGAGCAACGCAUGAGCUGGCACAUUGUCAUGAUACAACAUCCAUGUUCAGUUAUUCUACAGUUCAGGUCUCAUCAUACCACAAAAUCCCUGAAACAUGCAAAAAUUCCCUGAUAACUUCCUAGUUUUACCCCAGGUGGUACAAAUUCCUGAUGAACAAUGCCUUCAUGGUAAAAAAAAAAAAAAACACUUGAUCUUUGACCUACUCUUUUUUUUUCCCCUGCAAAGAGUUCUUGUGCCCUCCCACUGUAAGAACUGCACCAUAAACACAGCUAUGAACCCACAUCUCAUCUCCUGUUAUGGUGUUCUUUAGAAAGUUUUCAUUGCCACAAUGGAUUAGAAAGUUUCUCAGGCAAAAUUAUGGCUUGAUCCUUCGCUGGUGCCCGCUUUGUCAGCAGCUUCUGAGCAGUUAAACAACAAUUCCAUAAACCACAGCACGAACUUUCUUGAUAUGGUCUUUAUCUGUUGAUGUGGUAGAUCAUGCAGGACCAGUAUCUACACUGAUCUAUCUUCUGUCAUGUUCAGAAACUUAAGCCACACACACGCACACAUGAUGAGUUUGUUUUCUAAACUCUGCCAUUAGGUGUACUCAGUAGAUGGAGCAUGCUCCCUCUGCCAGUUGAUGCUCUAUUUCAAAAGUUGUCUUCUUUUUGGACACAUCUCAGAUAUUCAUAUUUGGUCUUGUGAUGUCUUAUACAGAUAUAAGACGAUUAAUUCUAGACAUGUUCUUUCUUAAGGACAACAAUCUAAUUUGUAUAAACAUAAUAAAGUAUCAUUUAAAACAUAGCUAUUUUCAGGUAUAAUUUGUUAAAUUUUUUUUCCAAUGAAACUAAACCAUUAAAUGUUCCAUUUGUUUAUUUUUCUGUAUGUAAUUUUGAUGCAUAUUAAGGAUAUUGAAUAUCAGAACUCUACAAACACUCAUGUUAAUACUUAUGUGAUUUCACAAUGUAGAAUGUAAAUGUUGCACUACUGUGUAUUGACACUAAAUAAUAAACCCUUGCUGUUAUGUGUGAA